GAUGAACAUGACGUUCCAGAACUUCGUCAACAAGACACGGCUGACUUAAGAAAUUAUUAACUUCUGCGUGAUUGUGUACAUGGACGACAUCCUGGUCUAUUCGGAAACCUAUCACGGACACGCGCAACAUAUUGAAUGGACAUUGGGAGCAUUGAGAGACACUGGGUUCAAGAUUGCGCUUGAGAAGAACGAAUUUUUCCUCUUGGAAAUUUUGUUCUUGGGCUAUGUCGUGACACGUGGAGGAUUGAGGCCAGAUUCGAGAAAACUUGCGGCGGUGAAGGAAGCUCGGGUCCCUACGUCACUGACGCAGGUUCGAGCCUUCUUGGGACUGGCGACGUACUACCAGCGCUUCAUCAAGGGCUUUGCCGCGAUUGCACGACCACUAACGAAUCUGCUACGGAAGGACCAGCCUCUCAGCUGGGACGCGGAGUGCCAGCAGGCCUUUGCAACCCUCAAGGAUGCUCUGGCAACGACCCCUAUUUUGAUUCGACUGGACCCCUCGAAGCAGUUCAUUCUCAUCACGGACAGGCAACUGGAAGCUAUUUCCACUAUCCUAGCGCAGAAGGGGAACGAUGGUCGCGAACACUCCGAUAUCCAUCCUCGUCUUUCCUACUGUCUAAAGCCCCUCGCUGUCCCCGAUAUCCAUCCUCCCCAUUGGGUCCUGUGUCGCGAAGACUUCAUCGAACUUUCAUUGUGUCUCGUGGAAGUACGGCUGACGUGGAUCGAGGACGAAGCGCACCCGCCUUGCAUAGAGCGCCUGGAGUUGCUGUUCAUCCAGGCUUGGCGAACCAACAUGGAGGGAGAGCUUCUCGCGUUUCUAUUCGGUACGGUGCGGCCCGGUCACCAGGAUCUCAUCACGAAAGAGCUCACGAUCCCGGUAGCACAGCUGGCGGACGAUCUCCCUCUCGACAUCAUCUCGCAAGACGACGAGCAUCAAGUUCCCCACGUGCUUUCUCGCACAUUGACGCCUUAUUUUCAGUGGUCGGCUUGUGUAGAAGGAGCCGCAGAUCGCAUCCCGCCGUCGCAGCAACAAUACCUGGAUCCCCGGACGGCUCGCGAUCCUGCCUUCUUCAGGCAUCCUACAGCGGAGCAGCUUGCGGCCAUUCGAGAAGAAGAGGAGGAGGAAGAGAGUAUCGGGAGUGACGAAGACGACGACGGACUGGAAGAAGGCGGGAACAGCGACGAAGAGCUCGGGGAAGAAGACGAAACCCCCGAAGAAGGAAGCUAUAGCGAGCAUAGCGAGGGGGAACAGAGCGAAGAAGAAGAAGAAAGCGAGGAAGGAGAAGAGGAGCACGACGAAGAGCCUGCUAGAUCGGAGUGGGAAGUCGUGCCACAAGAAGCGCUGCGUACAGGUACGGAGGCUGAGGAUCCCGAGGUGGCCCGCAAAAGAGAAGAGAUCGUGGCCGGAAAGGAGUUAGAGCUCGCAAGCGCGAUGAGUCUGCAGAUUCAGGACGAUCCGAACUGAGAUCCGGAGCCGCCCCAGCCUGAAGAUGGCAACCUCGCAGCUACGACUCUG